GACACCGGGGACGUGCAGGGCGGCCGUGCACGCAUGCGCGAAGGCGCAGCAUGGAGGCGGGAGCCGCUGAACUUCUCCACUGCGGAGAUUGCUGCUAGGAAGAACUCUGUACAAUGAUGGAUACAAUGUAUGCGAUGAUGGCUCAAAUCUUAAGAUCUCACCUGAUUAACGUUUCAGUGAUUCCUAAUCACGUGAAAAUGCUUCCGUUUCUUGGAGUCAUCAGAAAUAGAAUGAUGUCAACCCACAAAUCCAAAAAGAAGAUCAGAGAAUAUUAUCGGCUGCUGAAUCUGAAUGAAGGAUGUUCUGCAGAUGAUGUCAGGGAAUCUUUUCGUAAGCUUGCCAAGCAAUACCAUCCAGACAGUGGCUGUAAUACCGCUGAUUCUACAACAUUUAUAAGGAUUGAAGAAGCUUAUAGAAAAGUGCUUUCCCAUGUGAUAGAACAAACAAAUGUUAGCCAGAAUAAAGUUGAAGAAGCAGAAGAAGAAGAAGAAAAAUUCAAAUAUAAAACACCCCAACACCGGCAUUAUUUAAGUUUUGAGGGUAUUGGUUUUGGGUCUCCAAGUCAGCGAGAGAAGCAGUAUAGGCAAUUUAGGGCAGACCGUGCAACUGAGCAAGUGAUGGAAUAUCAAAAACAGAAACUACAAAGUCAGUAUUUUCCUGAUAGUAUAACUGUUAAAGAUAUAAGACAGAGCAAAGAACAAAAGAUAACUCAAGCCAUAGAGCGUUUAGUGGAAGACCUUAUUCAAGAAUCAAUGGCAAAAGGAGACUUUGACAAUCUCAGCGGGAAAGGGAAACCGCUCAAAAAGUUCCCUGCCUGUUCAUAUAUUGAUCCCAUGACUCACAACCUGAACAGAAUUUUGAUAGAUAAUGGAUACCAACCAGAAUGGAUCCUGAUGCAAAAGGAAAUAAAGGAUACUAUCGAGCAACUCAGAAAAGCAAUUUUAGUGUCUAGGAAAAAUCUUGGGAAUCCAAUGACUCCAGCCAAACAGAAACAAUGGAACCAAGUUUGUGAGCAGUUUCAAGAAAAUAUCAGAAAAUUAAACAAGCGAAUUAAUGAUUUUAAUUUAAUUGUUCCCAUCUUGACCCAACAAAAAGUCCAUUUUGAUGCACAGAAAGAAAUUAUCAAAGCCCAGAAAACAUAUGAGACCCUUAUAAAAACAAACAAAGUUGCAGAUAAAAACCCAAAUAACAUUGAGCAGGAAGUAGAAGAUAAAACACCUGGAGUUAAGACAGGUUUUUUCAACUGGAUGAGUCUGUGGAAAUAUAUUAAAAUCUGAUCAUUUUGAUGUUCACUAUCA